GUGAUAACCAUAAAACAACCUAACCAAUGAUACCACCGGCAGGCCAUAUAAGCUGUAUAAUGUAUCUGAUUUCACUUUUCACUAGUCACUACUUAAAUCGCGCAUUCGUGAUUUUCAGAGUUUUUCACAGCGGGGUUGCUUAAUGCUUUGGAUUGAUUAUUGGUUCAUGUAAAAAUUCAAACUUAGGUAUUUUUUUUAGUAAUUUACUAUUAAAUACAAAAGUCAAUAUUGUUUUUAUUACAUAAAUGUACAAUAUGUUUAAUUAAAAUAUAUUAUAGUAUUUUAACAGUUUUACACAGUUAAACAGUUAUUUUUACAAAAUAACAAAACAUUAAUAUUUUCUGUUUAAAAUAUCUAAAAUGGCGGUUCCAUGUAUACAGGUUGAGAAAUGUGAAAAGUGUUUGAACUAUUAUCCUAUUAAAUCUGUUCAUCAAUGUAUGCAUGUUACGGUUGAAGAGCCUAGAAAAUUAAAAAAAAUUUUACCGGCAGUGUGUAUUGGAGAUAAAGUACAACCAUUUAUAAAUCUUAGUGAUUUUGACAGAGAUCAAAAUAAAGUAAAUGACAAAAUAACUUUGUGUUUAAUAAACGCUAUUAAAGCUCGUCGUCCAUUGUUUGAUCAUACAAUACCUUUAUCAGAAAGAAGUGAAUCAAUUAAAAAUAAACUAUGGAAUGAAGUAUAUGAUGAACUACAAGGUCAGAUUACCACUGAUGAAUUAAAAAAAAAAUGGAAAUACCUAAAAGAAAAAUAUGUACGUGAAAGACAAAAGGCAAAAAAAAGUGAUCCUAAAGGAGGUAGAAGAACAAAAUGGUUACAUUACGUUCAACUGUCAUUUUUAGAAGAAGUUUUAACACAAUGCCAUGACAAAAAUAAUUUAAAUUUAAAUUCAAACAACCAUUCUGAAGACUCUCCUCAAAGUUUAACUACUGCUAAAGAGCAAAAAAGAAAAGAAAAAAAUAACUACAAAAGACGCUUGCUAAAUGAACAUACAAUUUCAAGGCCUACAUUACCAACAAGACUAAAUGAAGAACCACAUGAUUCUGAUGUCGCCUUUGGAAAAUACAUAGUAGCAUUAAUGAAAGAUAUACCAAUAAAAAAGAGAAAAAAGUUACAAUAUCAAUUUAUAGCAUCUCUUAUAUCUGCUCAGGAUCCAGAGUGAUGCACUUUCUUCACAAUUUUUAUAACACAUGUACAGGCACAUAUACAUAUUAAUUAUUUUUAUUUGUGAAUGUUGUUUUAAUUUUUAUAAAUAAUAUUUUAAG